UGUGUCUGUGACGGUACAUCCUAAAACAAUGGCGGCAGGCGGCAGUGAUCCUCGGGCUGGAGACGUUGAAGAAGAUGCCUCUCAACUCAUCUUUCCGAAAGAGUUUGAGACAGCUGAGACACUCCUGAACUCUGAAGUUCACAUGCUUCUGGAGCAUCGAAAGCAGCAGAACGAGAGUGCAGAAGAUGAGCAGGAGCUUUCAGAGGUUUUCAUGAAAACCCUAAACUAUACAGCCCGUUUCAGUCGUUUCAAAAAUAGAGAGACUAUUGCCAGUGUUCGUAGCUUGCUUCUCCAGAAAAAGCUACAUAAGUUUGAGUUGGCCUGUUUAGCUAAUCUUUGCCCAGAGACUGCUGAGGAGUCCAAAGCUCUGAUUCCAAGUCUGGAAGGGCGUUUUGAAGAUGAGGAACUGCAGCAGAUUCUCGAUGAUAUCCAGACCAAGCGCAGCUUCCAGUACUAGUGUUCACACCCUGCUCCUGAGAUUGCUCAGAACGGCACCACAUCCCAGCCUGGUCAGCCUCACACAGGAGUGCUGUAGCAGAAGACACUUGGGUCACUUCUGUAGUAUUUGCUUUAUUGAGAUAUAAUGUCACUCUGUGGUCCUCAGACUCAUGAUAGGCCUCCUGCCUCAGCCUCCCAAGUGCUGGGAUUACAGGCAUGAGCCAACACUCAACAGAUUGGCUUUUUGGAGAGGAAAGGCUGGUUUGGUGAUGGUCUUGGUUGCUGUCUCCACAGUGACUAUUGGACCAUAGUUAUCAUGUUUUCUUGGUGCAACCUUGUAAGGGCUGUUAGGGUCAAAAGUGCUGCAAUUUGGAACCCGUAAGGUAGAAUGAUGUGUUGACCGUCUCUUACCUUGGUGUUUUUGGAGCCCAUGUUAUUCUUUGUUCUUGUCAUUUCAAUUUUUAAUGUAAAUAUAGUUUGUAGUUUUUUAAACUAAACUGUUAUAUAAAAUCUUA